AUGGGUGCCUGUAUGAGCUCGAAUAACGAGGAGGUCGAACAGAAGAAAAAGAGCCAGGCGAUCGACCGACAACUGGAAGAAGACUCUAAAAGGUUACGCAGAGAAUGCAAGAUUCUGUUGCUCGGCUCUGGAGAAAGCGGGAAAUCCACAAUCGUCAAACAAAUGAAGAUCAUCCAUUUGAAAGGCUACUCGGAAGACGAACUCUACAACUAUCGGCCGACAGUUUUUAAGAACCUGGUAGAAUGCGCGAAGGCAGUGAUACAGGCGAUGCGACAGUUCGACAUCGAGCCCCAAAUCGAGGCAAACAAGGCCUAUGCCACCUACCUCCUGGAAUACACAGCCGAGUCGGGCCCCCAGGCACACAUCGAUCCCCAAAUCGGCGUUGCCAUCCAGUCAAUAUGGAGCGACCCUGCAAGGGAGCAGCUCAUGGACAGGCAGACUGAGUUCUAUCUGAUGGAUUCGGCAGAAUACUUUUUCCAAGAGGUCAUGCGCAUCGUCUCACCGGACUAUCUCCCCAACGAGAUGGAUGUUCUCAGGGCCAGAACCAAAACUACCGGCAUUUACGAAACAAGAUUUCAGAUGGGCCAGCUCAGCAUACACAUGUUCGACGUGGGCGGUCAAAGAAGCGAAAGGAAGAAGUGGAUUCACUGCUUUGAAAACGUCACUUCCAUCAUCUUCUGCGUUGCUCUCAGCGAAUACGACCAAGUUCUGCUCGAGGAGUCUAGCCAGAACCGAAUGAUGGAAAGUUUAUUAUUGUUUGAUUCCGUGGUGAACUCAAGAUGGUUUAUGCGCACCAGCAUUAUCUUGUUCCUGAACAAGGUGGAUAUUUUCAAGCAAAAGCUUGGUCGCUCACCUUUGGGCAAUUACUUCCCCGACUACUCUGGUGGCAACGAUGUCAACAAGGCGGCCAAAUAUUUGCUCUGGAGGUUCAACCAGGUCAAUCGGGCACAUCUUAACUUGUAUCCUCACCUGACUCAAGCAACCGAUACAUCGAAUAUUCGGCUCGUGUUUGCGGCAGUGAAAGAGACGAUUCUCAACAACGCUCUUCGGGACUCUGGAAUCCUAUGA